AUGUCUUUAAAGUGUAAACAGUGUGGCAAGUGUUUUAGCCAAGCAGGAUACCUAAGGAUUCAUGAGAGAGUUCACACUAGGGAAAAGCCUUACGAAUGUAAACAGUGUGGCAAGUGUUUUAGUCAAGUAGGACCCCUACGGCGUCAUGAAAGAGUUCACACUGGGGAAAAGCCUUAUGAAUGUAAACAGUGUGGUAAGUGUUUUAGCCGAUCAGAACUCCUAAGGAGUCAUGAAAGAGUUCACACUGGAGAAAAGCCUUAUGAAUGUAAACAGUGUGGCAAGUGUUUUAGCCGAUCAGGAGACGUAAGGAGUCAUGAAAGAGUUCACAGUGGGGAAAAGCCUUAUGAAUGUCAACAGUGUGGCAAGUGUUUUAGCCGAUCUGGAAGCCUAAGCAUUCAUGAAAGAGUUCACACUGGGGAAAAGCCUUAUGAAUGUAAACAUUGUGGCAAGUGUUUUAGUAAAGCGGAAAGCCUAAGGAUUCAUGCAAGAGUUCACACUGGGGAAAAGCCUUAUGACUGUAAACAUUGUGGCAAGUGUUUUAGUGAAGCAGGAAGCCUAAGGAGUCAUGAAAGAGUUCACACUGGGGAAAAGCCUUAUGAUUGUAAACAUUGUGGCAAGUGUUUUAGUGAAGCAGGAAGCCUAAGGAGUCAUGAAAGAGUUCACACUGGGGAAAAGCCUUAUGAAUGUAAACAUUGUGGCAAGUGUUUUAGUGAAGCAGGAAGCCUAAGGAGUCAUGAAAGAGUUCACACUGGGGAAAAGCCUCAUGAGUGUAAACAGUGUGGCAAGUGUUUUUGUCAGUUAAAAAGUCUUAAGAGGCACAGAGACGUCCACAGUAGAAAAAUGUCAUAUAAAUGUGACAGUAAAAAAAGUCCGUUUAAGGGUUUGCUUUAUAAGCUUAAGAGAGAAGGAAGUAAUAUAAGGUCAGGAUUGACUAACACCACACUGUCACAGAGACAAAUUGGAAACAGUGGUAUGGAAGACCAGCAAUCAGACAUCAUUGAGAGACAUAGCUGUUGGAUUUGUCAAGAGGAGAUGAGUAGUGAAUCUCUUCUUCUUCAACAUUACGAAAAUCACAUGAGACAUGUAGCUGAUGAUUGCGCGGAAGUUUGACAAACGCUUCGGUCUGUAAAUUUUUUUCCAAGUUUCAAUUUCUUAACUAAAAGGUGGACAAAGCAGUUCCUCCCAUCUGCAAAGGGCUUUUUUUUUUCAAUUUUUCAAACCUGUUAAAACGUCGACUUUUAAGUUGGGCCGAACCUAUUUAUAUGCGUGUUGGUUAUGUUUCUGAAUCACGCCGAAUUCUUUUCGCGCACGCGGAUUGUUUUCUCCUUUUCCCCCAAUGCGGAGCCUGGUCCCAGUCUAAGUGUGAUGAAACAAUACUUACUCUUGUCAUUUUUAGGCCUUCACGGAGCGGCGGAGACUAAUCUUGAUCGCCCCACCCCAUCUCGCGCGCGCCUAUUGCACGGGCUUAUUACGUAAUUUAAGAGGUCUCCUCUUCUGUCUCCCCUAAAUGGAAAGGUCUUUAGCUAGGAAAGCUAAUUGGGGACACUAAAUAAAAUCGUAAAAUCAAAGAAAAGAUCUAUACACAGUUUAAAAGUAUAUAUAAGCUUACAUACGAUAAAAGAGAAGAACUAAUUUUGCCCCAAAGAUAGGAGCCUAAAUAUCUGAUACUAUGCUUGCCGUAUUUAACUGUGCCAUGUCGUGGAAUAGGAGAAUCACUUCGCAAGUUAUAAUGUUUAUCCCAUAAAAAAUGUUAUAUGUUCCGGAGCUAGUAAAAGUUUAACUUUGUACAUUAAAAUUAAGAUGCCCUGAAACUUUUUGUUUGCAAGACUUGGAAGGCUGGCCUUGUUUAAACGUUCUUCAUAUGUAGCAGUCCUGUCAGCAAAUACUGUUAAUGAAAUUUCCUCAUGGAAAAAAAGUCCUUUCAGCAAAUACUGUCAAUGACAUUUCCUCAUUGAAGAAAAACCCAAAGGUCUUGACUGGGUGCGUUUUCUGACGCUAGAUUACGGAUCUAGUUUUCAUUCCUGUCAUGAUUGCACAAAAGUGAAAAAAGAAAAUUUUAAAAGGCAUGCAAAUAGUGCGUCCGUCUUAUUGGCUUUGCGACUUUUUGUCCUUGUAAACAGUUGGCGAUUCCAUGACUAUUUUUUACGCGAGUAAUAUCCCAUGCACCGUACACACCCUAAGAAAACUGUCAUGAAGAUAGAAAAGUGUCGUAAAUUUGAACUUAACAUCACCCGAAGUCGGACAAAAUCGCAAAACAUCGGUUACUUAUUUUCGAUAUGUUUCAAGGUUUUUGGAUAACGAAAUUAGCUGGUCUGUUCUGAUCUUAGGAUUGGUGGAAUUUAUCGAUCUUUGGAAACACAACAAUUACUCAAUUUAUUCAAAUCGAUGCAAUACAAUAUGCUUCCUUCGGGAUACACCGGGCCGGACGGGUACUGCUCGCCAGCCGCGGCAGGAUUAGUUCAGUCGGUAGAGCGCUUGACUGCAAAGCGGGAGGUCGCGU